AUCGCACCGCUCGUUUGCCAUCUUGCCGCAUCACCGACAUCGUCUCUUCUCGUUUGCUCUUUCUACGACGCCGACGCCGAAAUCUUGGUAUGGAACGCGGUCUUCCUCCUAGAACAGAAACGGAUCAUACCAGACUCAGUAUUCACCGACCUCGUUCGGAGAAUUCGAUCGUCGCUUAUAAUCAUCCGCAAACCCACCACAAGUUCUCGAAACCACACCUCCCUUUACUCCUCGUCCACCCUCCGACGCAGGAAGAAGAACAAGACGAGGUUGAGGACGACGACGCGAUCGAGAUCGAUCUGAGAGGGAAACCUACGGGACAACACGUACACAUACAGGACGACAGAGCGAGUGCCAGGUUACCGCCGUUUUCCAGUUUUGAGAACCCUCUGAGGUAUCAGUUCCCCCCAGUCAGAGCUUCACCACCGGCACAGCUUCCGUCAGGUCCUAGCACGCAUCAGCUUCACUACCAGAGCAGACCGUCCACCAGACCGCCAUCUCCUCCACUCGUUACCAGACGGAUCGUCAGACCAGAGGUCUAUACCGGUAGUCUCGGGAACAGCCAGAGCAACAGCACCAAAAGCGGCAACAAGUCCACCCCGGUCAGCGUCACUAGUAGUCCUAGCAAGAACUCGCCGAAGAGCUUGUUUACGAGGACGGAACUGCGGAUAGGAUCGAGCCCGCCGACGAUUUUGUGUAACGCUUCAUCGAGUCAGACAUUACGGAAACGCCAACCAGUACCACAAGUACAGUCACAACCGGUUGUUGACGUUCAGCAUCAGCCGCAUUCAUAUUCGUAUCAGAAAGGACUUGCUCAUCCGGCAGAAGGAUUGACGCGACCGAAACUCGAACCCGAAUCGCCCGAGAGACAUUCUGGGUCGAACCCUUUGAUCGCUCCGCCUUCAACGGGACCCUCACCGGCAUUUUCGGCCGCAACUUUCUCAUCCCAAUCCGUCCCAUCGUCAUCCAAGACCUCGCCUCGAGCUCGUUACCAACAGCUGCAACCGACAUUACAUCGGCAACAACCAUUACCAACACUAGCACCACCUACAUCUCAGCAUCUUCCAUCUUCCUUCCAGUCAACUUCAUCGACGUCGACACGGCCGUAUCCGUCCUUGACACCUCGUUCACUCUAUUACCCUCACGCGAAAACUUCUCCUUUCGUCGCGCAACGUCCUAGAUUGUUCCAGAGGAACAGCGUAAGCGAGAUUAGGAUGACGGAAUCGAUCAGCCCGGAUCGACAACAGUCGUCCCAACAACAGCAGACACAACAACAGCAGUAUCGUCGAUCAGGAUCGCCGAUGAGUGGACAGCGGGAAGAGACGCCUACGCCUACUUCGGUCAAGCGGGAGGCACCGCCAGAGACGGAGGGAUCAGGAGAGUUAGGGGAAGGCAACAAGACGACUGGAUCGGACCCUCAACGUCAGGCGGAAGCAGAGGAGGCAAGGGAUGGAUUGGGCAAGACGCCCGAGUUUGAUUUCUCGGCUCGACGUCAUUCGUUGGCGACCUCUGCCUUCAUCAGUCCUAAUGCAGGACAGCCGGGAGUCCCGCUCGAACCCAUCAGGGUCGGUGGGCCGUACCACGGUCAGAACGCUCCGACGCAUCCUUCGCCCUUGGGACUCGGGGCUGGACCGGCUGUGCCGAAUUCGAGCGCUUCGUCCGUGACGAGGACGGUCUCGGGGACAGGCGUCAGUCAGCCAGGUGGACCGCCUGGACCUGGAUCGGCGUCAUUCAGAAAGCGAAAGGAGAGUCACGAUCGAGCAGCUGGAUACAUGGAUCAGGGUCUUGAGGGGGGUGUACAGGGUGGGAUGCCUUCGCCUGCCAUGUCGGUGGGCGGUGGACCUUAUCAUCACCUACCACCUCACAAUUCGUCUUCGGUCUCGAACAACCCGGCCAGCUCGACGAGCCAUAACAACACGUUCCAAAUCCCCGCUCCUCCGGUCUUUUCGAAUCCGUUUGGCAAUCACCCUUCUUCGUCAUCCACCUCGCUCGACCGGUUGGAGCCGCCCGCCAAGCGACGAGGAUCCACUUACGACUCGAGGAUGUCUCACCUCAGUAUCGCGCCUACCGGAUCUCCACCUAUCGGUACGGGCGGUGAAGGUGGUCCUACCCAGCCAGGGGGAAUGCCAGGCAGCGCGAUCCCAGCCAAUGGAUGGUGGGCUCAAGCCCCCGAUCGAAGGGAUUCGACCGCGAGCAUGUACUCGAACAGGUCAUUGGCCAGCUCUGCAGGCGGGUACGGAAGUUCUACCACGAGUUAUUCGCUCAUGUCUGACAAGGGCCCUUAUGCUACUCCGCCCUACGGUAUGUCGCUCCACCCCCGCUCAUCCUAAUCCGGCUCCCUCGGUUUCCGAUUCCGCUCGCCUCGAAUCGAUACUGACGAUGCCUAUCUGCCACUUGACAGGUCACAUGAGUGGUUACAUGAAUGCGCCUCCGCCUGAUUCGAUGCAUGAUCCUCGGGGACCGAACUCUAUGGCUCCAGGCAACCCUGGCAUGUCAGUCUCGAGUCAAUACUUGGAUCCAAAUGUCAGCGGAAUGGGAGGCGAUCACAUGGGUCACUACUCUUCGCAACACUCGACCCCUGUUCAGGAGCGUUCAGGAUCGGUCAGCGGGCUCGCUCACAACCCGGCAUUCAACGCACUCCCGCCUGAUACCAAGGAG